GAGACACAUUCAAACAGGGGAAACUCCUAACUGCGGGGCAGGUGAUUACAAGCAGGGAAAACAGACAAAGCAAAGCAAGCAGAGACACAGAAAGAGAGCUGGUGCCAAAAUGGGAACAGGAUUCAUUGUGUGCAGCAGUGCAGUGGAGCAGGGAGCUGUCCUCAGUGCUGAAUUUAUCAGCUCACAUAAAUACCCAUUGCACACUCAUGUGCCUGGGCUGCUCCUGAUACUUCCUAUUCCUUGCAGCAACUGACCAACACCACCUCUACAUAUCCAAGAUGGACGAUGACGGUCGCUACAGAGACAGCCGCUCAGACUUCGUCCGCGGCGCCAAGGACAUUGCCAAAGUUGCUAAGAAGCAGGUCGGUAAGAAGGUGGGGCGUGGCAUGGACAAAAUGACAGAUGAGUACACCAAACGUUCUUAUAAGCGAUUUGAGGAGGAAGACGACGACGACGAUUACGCCGGCGUGCCGAGCAAUGAUGGCGGAUAUUAUCGCAACGACAGCCGUGCCAAUGAUGAAGAAGGCCACAGCGACUCCACUGAAGGACACGAUGAGGAUGACGAGAUCUAUGAGGGCGAGUACCAGGGCAUCCCGAGAGCUGAUUCAGGGAAGGCUGGCAGCAUGGAUGGUGUGACAGCCGCACAGGCACAGCAGUUCAGGGAUCUUUCGGCCUAUGAGGGUGAGAGGAGAAAAGACCAGGAGGAGUUGGCGCAGCAGUAUGAGACCAUCCUGCAGGAGUGUGGCCACGGGAAGUUCCAGUGGACGCUCUACUUUGUCCUGGGCCUGGCACUAAUGGCAGACGGCGUGGAGAUCUUUGUGGUUGGCUUCGUGCUGCCCAGUGCUCAAAUAGACAUGUGUCUCUCUGAGCCCAACAAAGGCAUGCUGGGUCUGAUUGUGUACCUGGGGAUGAUGGUCGGGGCUUUCUUGUGGGGCGGCCUGGCCGACCGAAUCGGGCGACGGCAGACUCUUCUCAUCUCCCUCUCCAUCAACAGCGUGUUUGCCUUCUUCUCGUCCUUCGUCCAGGGCUACAGCUCCUUCCUGUUCUGCCGCCUGAUCUCUGGUGUGGGCAUUGGGGGCUCCAUCCCAAUUGUGUUUUCCUAUUACUCUGAGUUCCUGGCCCAAGAGAAGCGAGGAGAACAUCUGUCCUGGCUCUGCAUGUUCUGGAUGAUUGGUGGCAUCUACGCAUCUGCCAUGGCUUGGGCCAUCAUUCCACACUAUGGCUGGAGUUUCCAGAUGGGCUCAGCCUACCAGUUCCACAGCUGGCGUGUCUUUGUGUUGGUGUGUGCCUUCCCCUCUGUGGCGGCCAUCUCUGCCCUCACCACCAUGCCUGAGAGCCCCCGCUUCUACCUUGAGAAUGGCAAACAUGACGAGGCGUGGAUGAUUCUGAAGCAAGUUCACGACACCAACAUGAGGGCCAAGGGUUACCCCGAGAGGGUCUUCUCUGUGACCACCAUCAAAACGGUGAAGCAGAUGGAUGAGCUGGUAAACAUGGGCGAUAGUGCUGCCUGGCAUGAGAAAUGGAGGAUAAAGCUCACCAUGCUCUUCCAUCAGGUUUGGAGUAAUUUCCAGACCAUUUUCUCUCCCGAGUACCGGCGCACCACCUACAUGAUGAUGGCUGUGUGGUUCUCUAUGUCCUUCAGCUACUAUGGUUUGACGGUGUGGUUCCCCGACAUGAUCAAAUACCUGCAGAAGCAGGAGUACUCCUCGCGCACCAAGGUUUUUGUCAAGGAGAAGGUAGAACACGUCACCUUUAACUUCACUCUGGAAAACCAGGUUCACCGUCAAGGAGAGUACUUUAACGACAAGUUUAUGAACCUGAAAAUGAAGUCUAUGGUUUUUGAGGAUUCACUCUUUGAGGAGUGUUACUUUGAGGACAUCACCUCCACCAACACCUUCUUCAAGAACUGCACCUUCAUUGCCACCCUUUUCUACAACACUGAUCUUUUCAAGUACAGGUUGAUCAACUGUAAGCUCAUCAACAGCACUUUCCUGCACAACAAAGAGGGCUGCCUGCUCAGUGACAUAAGCGAUGAAAAUAAUGCCUACAUGGUCUACUUUGUCAGUUUCCUGGGUACCUUGGCUGUGUUGCCAGGCAACAUCGUCUCUGCGCUGCUCAUGGACAAGAUCGGACGGUUGAGGAUGCUUGCGGGCUCCAGCGUGAUAUCUUGCAUCAGCUGUUUCUUCCUUUCUUUCGGCAACAGCGAAUCAGCUAUGAUUGCCCUGCUCUGCCUGUUUGGAGGAAUUAGCAUCGCCUCCUGGAAUUCCCUGGACGUGCUGACCGUCGAGCUCUAUCCCUCUGACAAGAGAACCACAGCAUUUGGCUUCCUCAACGCCCUCUGUAAAUUAGCGGCGGUGUUGGGCAUAAGCAUCUUCACUUCGUUUGUUGGCAUAACCAAGGCUGUACCCAUCCUGUUUGCCUCAGGUGCACUGGCGGCAGGCAGUUUUCUGGCCCUCAAACUACCUGAGACGCGGGGCCAGGUGCUGCAAUAGUGUGGCACCAACAACUUUCCAGGGGGCAGAAGAGUUUUUGCCACACUGUGAACGAAUAGCUCAAGAGCCCUCCAAAUCCUGCACUCUAACCUCUCCCCAUCUACAAGAGUAAAUUGUAAUGCAGGUAAAUAUUAGUAAUUGUUUGAUUGGUACACGUCCAUUCUAUAGAGAGCUAUAAAAAAGAAAAAUCUAAAGUCAAAUCUGCUACCUGUGCCUCAUUGUUACUCUAAAUUGGAAAAGAAGAAAACACCAGAAACAUAGUUUAUGACAUAUUUAGUUAUUAGAGUUUGUCUCCCACAUUGUAAAUACAUCCCUCUGGGGUUGGAGGUCAGGGAUGGGGACUCUUGAUGAUGAGCCAUGCAAAUAGACUCAUAGAAAUGACCACUAGCCAUUGUUGCAGAAUUCUCUGUAGUCACCUCCAUUCUUCCGAGCAAAUCCAACUCACCUUUCCAGUCUUGAGUGCUUUACCAUUGUUGGACACUGACUCAAAAAUGCAACAUUUUCUGCCUUGAUUUGAAGCAUUUUUGACUUUGCGAGGUAAAACCAAGACACUCCUCUCUUGGCUUCCUCCUUAACAAAGAUCUGUCGUCAUUCUUUAUCUCCUGAGGUCUUGUGUUGGUGUACAGACUAACUGCCAUUUUUUUAGAUUAUAGAACAUUCCAGGUUUGCUUUGGUUAUUGUUGCGAUAAGGAGCUCCAUCGAGCUCCUCUCUCCCUUUAUUGCAUUGCUAUAGUGAAACACCGCUCACCUCCAAACAGCCAUAAGAUCAUUCAUACACAUUUCCCGCGCAAAGGGAAAACUGCAUUCUACCAUGAAACCCAUUUAAAUCACAAAGGUGAAGAUAUUUGUUAAAAUGUACAUGUAAAGCACAACCACUUGUCAGUGUGAGUGCCCCUAACAUUUUCCUGACUUGAAGAAAAUGUUUAGAAUCUCACACUCAGUUAUUGUUUCCAGCCACUCUGUAUAUCCCUUUGUGAAAAAUGCCUUUUUAGUACUCUUCCUCCCAGACUUACAGUAUGUUUGUCUCUUGUAUGUUUUGGAGGGUGUUCUGCAUGUCACAACGUUUGUAUGUAACCUUAUGAAAACUGAGAGUACAACAUGUAAGCGGCAUUGUGGACAUGUUACAUCUGCCCAUCGAUUACUCUGAAUUAAGUUGUAUUUUGAUAUUUUUUACCCAUAAAAGACAGCACAGUGCUUUUAUUCUGAUGUAGGGAUCCAAUAUUUCUGAACUGUUCUUAGAGCACAUGCCACAGAUUUAAUCUGGUCAUUACACAUGAAAAAAAA